AGGGUUCUCCCGACAGACAUUCACUAUGUCGUGGAUUUGGGACUGGUUUUCUAGCAUGCUCAACUUUUUAGGACUUAGUAAAAAGAAUGGAAAGUUAGUGUUUCUCGGAUUGGAUAAUGCUGGAAAAACAACUCUUCUUCACAUGUUAAAAGAUGACAGAAUGGCCCAACAUGUGCCAACAUUGCAUCCUACAUCGGAAGAGCUUACGCUAGGCGGUAUCCGAUUUACUACAUUUGAUCUCGGUGGUCACGCACAAGCUCGUCGUGUAUGGAAAGACUAUUUCCCCGCCGUAGAUGCGGUUGUAUUUCUUGUUGAUUGCGCAGAUAUAGAGCGCAUUCCGGAGAGCAGGACGGAGUUGGAAUCUCUUAUUAGAGACGAGCAGGUUGCUGGAGCCCCGAUUCUUAUUCUCGGCAACAAAAUCGACAAAUCAACAGCUCUCAGCGAAGAUCAACUCAAAUGGCAACUUGGUAUCCAGCAUAUGUGUACUGGAAAAGGUGAGGUGUCGCGCAAUGAUUUGACAUCGCGACCGAUGGAAGUUUCCGCUGGCUCGCGCAGUACCUCGACUAAAAUGCGAUUCAUUGCUAAGUUGUCGUUCAAAUUUGUUUGCAUGUAUGCCACACAGGCCGUGCAUGCACCAUGCUCAGAGUCGCGUCUCUUGUCGUUCUAUACUUCGUCUCUUCGCAAUUUUCCCUAUUGCGCCCUGUGA